UAUAAAGGCACGCUCAGCGCGCGUUUGUUACUUGGUUUUGUGUUAGACGCUGAACAAUGCCCGAAUCAAUGGUUACUGAGCAACAACCUGAGGAAUUCGCGUUUCAGGCUGAGAUCGCCCAGCUUAUGAGCCUGAUUAUCAACACUUUCUACUCCAACAAAGAGAUAUUUCUUCGUGAGCUUAUAUCUAAUGCUAGUGACGCUCUGGACAAGUUGAGGUAUAAGAGUUUGACUGAUCCAUCAGUUCUUGAUUCCGGAGAAGAUAUGUAUGUCAAGUUGAUACCCAACAAGGAGGCUGGAACUUUGACUGUCCUGGAUACUGGUAUUGGUAUGACGAAAGCAGAUUUGAUUAAGAAUUUGGGUACGAUCGCUUCCUCUGGCACGAAGGCGUUUAUGGAGGCUCUGGCUGAUGGUGCAGAUAUAUCGAUGAUUGGCCAAUUUGGUGUAGGUUUCUAUUCUGCCUACCUUAUAGCCGACCGGGUUCAAGUAGUGACGAAAAAUAAUGAUGACGACCAGUACAUUUGGGAGUCGUCCGCUGGUGGAACUUUCACAAUCGCACCAGAUGACAGUGAGUUGCCAAAACGAGGCACUAAGGUGAUAUUGCAUCUCAAAGAGGAUCAACUAGAUUUUCUUGAAGAAAGAAAAAUUCGAGAUAUAGUGAAGAAACAUUCUAAUUUUAUUAACUAUCCAAUCAAGCUGGUUGUUAAUAAAGAGCGAACCAAGGAAGUGUCUGAUGAUGAGGCUGAAAAGACCGAGUCGAAAGAAGCUGACGAGUCUGAUGACAAACCGAAAGUCGAAGAUCUAGAUGAAGACGAGGAAGAGGAGAAUAAAGAAAAGAAAAAUAAAAAGAAGGUUGUGGAGAAGUUUACUGAAGAAGAGCAGCUGAACAAGCUUAAGCCGCUUUGGACGCGUAAUCCCGAAGAUAUAAAUACAGAAGAGUAUGCCGAGUUUUACAAGUCGCUUACUAAUGACUGGGAGGACCAUCUCGCGGUGAAGCACUUCUCUGUUGAAGGACAGUUAGAGUUCCGAGCGUUGCUGUUUGUGCCUAAACGUGCACCUAUAGACAUGUUUGAAGGAUCGCGUAAGAAGCGAAACAAUAUCAAAUUGUAUGUGCGAAGAGUGCUGAUCAUGGAUACGUGUGAUGAUAUGAUUCCUGAGUACUUGAAUUUCGUCCGCGGCGUUGUGGAUAGUGAAGACCUGCCUCUUAACAUAAGUCGUGAGGUGUUGCAGCAGAACAACGUAUUGAAGGUUAUUCGUAAGAGCCUGGUCAGGAAAUGUAUUGAGCUAUUUGAGGAGAUAGCGGAGGAUAAAGAUAACUACAAGAAGUUUUACGAGCAAUACUCGAAAAGCAUAAAACUGGGCAUCCAUGAAGAUAGUGUUAAUAGGGGGAAGCUGUCCGACUUACUGCGUUUCUAUUCCUCAGCUUCUGGUGAUGAAAUGAUCAGCAUGAAGGAUUAUGUAUCACGUAUGAAGCCUGAACAACAAGAUAUUUACUAUAUAACAGGUGAGUCAAAGCAAGCUGUAAUGAAUUCACCAUUCACUGAGAAGCUUACUCAACGUGGGUUCGAAGUGCUGUUCAUGGUUGAUCCGAUUGACGAAUAUGCUGUUACCCAUAUACGGCAAUACGAAAACAAGAAGUUAGUUUGUGUUACGAAGGACGGUCUUCAAUUACCUGAGAGUGAGGAGGACAAAAAGCAAUUCGAAGAGCUGAAGGCGUCGUUCGAAACGCUGUGCAAAGAGAUCCAGCAAAUCCUUGGCAAGAACGUUGAGAAAGUUAGUAUUUCGAAUCGACUUACCAAUUCCCCAUGUUGUGUUGUGACUUCAGAGUUUGGCUGGUCUGCUAACAUGGAGAGGAUCAUGAAAGCUCAGGCACUCCGGGAUUCCUGCACGAUGGGUUAUAUGGCAGCCAAGAAACAGCUAGAGCUGAACCCGUACCACCCUAUGAUCAAAGCCUUGAAACAACAGUUUGAGAGUGGCAGUUCAACCAAACUUGUUAAGGAUCUUGUGCAACUGUUGUUCGACACCGCACUUCUCUCUUCAGGAUUCUCACUGCCUGAUCCCAAGAUACACGCUAAGAGCAUUCACCAUAUGGUUUGCAUGUGCCUGGAUAUUCCUGAUGAUGAAAUAAAGGCGAACGAAAUCCCGAGUAACGGUAUCCAGAAAGAUGUUGCACCGGAAGCUACAGUUGACGAAGAUGGUAUGGAAGAAGUGGAUUAGCGUGUUUGCAUUUUUGUAUAUAACCGGUGACUAAUAAACUUUGCUCUCAAAUUGAUUGUUUUUUCUAUAUCGACUAAAUGCGAGCGUGUCGCUACGUAAUAAGUUCCAUCCAACAUUUGCGUACAAGCCUAGAAGAAUAGGGGGUGUUCGGACGGGCAUAGAGUGCCUGGAGGUUGGUGUAUUAGCCUACGUGUUCGGAUACUAGCGCCAUUAAGCGACUGUCCAAAUUAGUUUAUGUUAGCUUGCGGGUAGCGUAGCGCGCUAAUACAUUUGCCCAAGAAUUAAGGUUGCGAAUGAGGAAUGGCCCACGUUAAAGAAUCCUUAGUUGCUUGAUUUUAGGUCCAGGACUCGUUGUUUGCGAGCAGUGAAUAUUGUUGUAUAGUGUCUGGUCGCCCAGUGUAUGAUAAUAGUCGGUUGAAUGGAAUGAUAAGACUUCGUCAAACGUUGUUGAGACUACUGAGAAGUUUGUUGAAGACAAGUGACUCGUGCUCUGGGGCUGUAAGUGGAUUUGCUCGAAGACUCAGUUAAGUGAGAUGAUUUCAUCUGAGACAGUAAAUAUUUAGUUGAGUAGUCUGAACAGCCUGCAGUUACUAGUUAGUUGUUUACUGCCCGACAACAGAUGGGAUGUAAAAUGGGUAAGGAUGACAAUGCACGUGUUUUGUAUAGUAUUUCACUUUGGAAUAUACAGGUUGAUGAAAUGUAAUAAGCAUUUAUUUGGUUUUCAGAAGUGCCUAUGUGUAAUCGAGUCCGUUGAUCGUCACAGUGUGUCGAAGAACGGAUGAUCGAUCAGUUGGAUAAUCCUGCAUAUGAAGGUGGGUUUAUUAUAAGUUUUAUCUAGUCGCCGGAGCUAUAAGCCUUUGAACUUUAUAAGUGACUGGGUGUCUUUGAAUUCCGCGAAACGAGGUGUGAAGUUGUUCGGAGAUGCCUACUCGAAACUGAACUAGAAGUGAUGUUUGUGUAUUCAAUAAGUGGAAUGGGAGGGACAGUGUAUGUAUAUAGUAUUCUUACACUAGUUUCAAUUUGAAGUCAACUAGUGGCGCAGUCAUGUCGCAUUCAUGUAACUAGUUUUGCGGUGAGUUAACGAAGCUUCCUGUGAGAACAGUCGUGCUUUCAAGACGAAAUGAAUCUGCAUGUUAUUUAGUUUGAAUUUGGAAACAACAGAAGACUGGAUGUCCUGUAUUAGUCUUGGCAAUGGUGGUCUCUCAGUUGAUCCAACUUU